AAAAGAUUAAAAGUAUCCAGCCGAUUUACUAGUGCUUUUUCUCGGGAAACUUAUAUUAAAAUAUAAAGCUUGAACUGCUUUACCAUCGGUAGUUCCAAAAUGAUCAUCAAAAAGGAUGAACUGCUGCAAAAACUGCGAAACAUAAACAACAGGUACAUGUACCUCCUGGAAGCGUUCCGGAUUCCGAGUAAAAGCACAGACGACAUUGUAUACAGCGACUACCUGUUGGAGGAUAAGUCCGGUAACUCCGGGGCCAAACUGUUCCCGAAGGUGGUUGAAGAGGACACGGAAGCGCAACGGGAAGCUCGAUUGGAAGUUAUGCAGAACAAAAUCAGUUCGAAAUAUUUGCAGCGGAAGCGGAAGCAGCCCUUGGAGGGCAAAGCCGCGCGAAAGCAAUUGCUGAAGAAGAAGAAUGUAGUCAAAAUGAUUCGAAAGGCUCAGCAAAUCGAACGGAAAGUUCAGCAAGUGAAGGAAGAAGCGAAGCCAGAUCCUCAGGCCUUGAAGAAAUCAGCCGAGUCCACCUUCAAUGCUGCCGGUAAAAUUGUGUUCUCCAAAAUCCAACUCGAUGAAAAUGACGUUUCCCGGAAGGGCACUGAAACGGACAAGAAGAAACUCCUCCGGAAGGUUCUGAACGAAAGGAAGGAGUUGAACGAGCUCAAAAUGUCCGGCGAUGCGGAAAAGUACGCCGAAGUGAAGAACAAAAAAGCAUGGGAACGUGCGACUGCGAAAACACUGGGUCACAAGAUGAAAGAUGAUCUUGGAUUGCUGUCGAAGAAAAUCCACCAACGCAAAAAGCAAGUAGCCAAGUCCAAGAAGGAAUGGGCUGAUCGGAAGCAAAAACUGGAACACACCAAGGAUUCGAAACAGAAAAAGCGAAUGGAGAACAUUAAGGAACGGGUGGACCAGAAGAAAAACAGGAAAAUGCAGAAACUGGCUAAGAAGGGAAGAAUAAUUCCCGGAUUCUAAGCUUUCUUUGACCUGUACAAAUAAACCCUUAAGCUUAAUCUUGAA